AUGUCGUCAGAUGAUGGAGAUAUAUGGUGUUCGGAUAGCGAAGAUAAUUCGAAGCUGGAGGAGUCGUUAGAGACCAGAAAACUUCGGGAAGUUCAUAAGAAAAGAGGGUAUGUUGAUGGGAUUUCAUCAGCAAAGGAAGAGAAUCUCCAAGCAGGGUUUGAUUCUACUUUUAGCAUUGGAAGUAAAUUGGGACUACGGGUUGGGAAUUUAGUUGGUAAGUUCCAAGUUCUUAAGACGUUGUAUGGGGAUGCUGACAGUGAUUUAGUUGAGGAUGCCAGGCUAGUAGAAAAUGAAUUGAGGAUAAAUAAAGUGUUGGCCAGUAGGCAUUUUAACGAAGAUCUGGAUCCUCUCGCAUCUCUAGAGGAACUUGUGGGUAAAUGGGAGAGUCGAUUAACGGUUUAUGAGAAUAAGUAUUGA